AUGGCCACCUUUACACGGCAAGAGUUUUACCAGCAGCUGUUGAGCAGUUGUGUAUUGCCGACUGCUCAGCAGGGUUUUGAACAGGUUUGGACUCUGCUGCUCUUGUGUCUAGCUUGCCGUCUCCUAUGGAGGUUAUCUCUGCCAUCCUAUGCUAAGCACCUGAGCACGGUCGCUAGUGGCUUCUAUGCCCUCUAUCACUUUUUUCAGCUGCAGAUGGUGUGGGUUGUGCUCCUCAGCCUCUUGUGCUACCUGGUUUUAUUCCUGUGCCGCCACUCAACCCAGCGUGGAGUUCUGCUCUCCAUCACCAUCCUCAUCUAUUUGCUUAUGGGAGAGAUGCAUAUGGUAGACACUGUGAGUUGGCAUAAGAUGAGAGGUGCCCAGAUGAUUGUGGCAAUGAAGGCUGUGUCAUUGGGCUUUGAUCUGGACCGGGGCGAGGUACCAACCAUUCCAUCCCCAGUUGAGUUCAUGGGAUAUAUCUAUUUUGUUGGAACAGUUAUUUUUGGACCCUGGUUCCGCUUUCACACCUAUCUGCAGGCUGUAGAGAGCAGGAAAAUAACUUUCUCCUGGUUUCAGAAGGUCUUUCUGAGCUUCUUCCUCUGCCUUGUGUGCCUCAUCAUGUCCACCUGCAUAGCUCCCUAUCUCUUCUCAUACUUCAUACCCCUCUACAGCUACAAGCAACUCAGGAAGAAGCGCAGAAGCAGAAGUACCUUAAUGAGGUGGCUCAGGGCUUACGAGAGUGCCAGUUCCUUCCAUUUCAGCAAUUACUUUGUGGGCUUUCUGUCUGAGACCACAGCCACCCUGGCAGGAUCAGGUUUUAGAGAGGAAAAGGAGAAUCUGAAAUGGGACCUGACAGUGUCUCGUCCUCUGAGGGUGGAGUUGCCACGUUCUAUGGUGGAGGUGGUAACCAGCUGGAAUCAGCCCAUGUCACAAUGGCUAAACUCCUAUGUCUUUAAGAACUCCCUGAAACUGGGGAUCUUCUCAGCCAUCAUUGUAACCUACGCAGCUAGUGCCCUCUUACACGGACUGAGCUUCCAUUUGGCUGCUGUGCUGUUGUCACUCGGCUUUAUCACUUACAUCGAACACGUUCUCAGAAAGAGGUUGUCUGUCAUCUUUGAUGCCUGUAUACUCUCCAAGAAGUGUCAGCCAGGAUGCUCACAUCGCCACAGUACGAAUCUCUGGGUUCGUCUCCUCAACCUGCUCUUUGGGGCUCUUGCUGUCUUCCACUUGGCCUACUUAGGCUCAUUAUUUGAUAUGGAUGCUGAUGACUCUGUGGAAGAACAGGGCUAUGGCAUGUCUUAUACCAUCAACAAAUGGUCUGAGCUGAGCUGGGCCAGCCACUGGAUGACCUUCGGGUGCUGGGUCUUCUAUCGUCUCAUCAGCUGA